GAAUGACGAGCACUUCCGGAACCUCCGGGCAGCUCGGCGUGGUUGGCCUGCCGGAACCGGCUCCUUGCCCGGCGUGUGCGCGGGCCGGGUUCGCUCGCGGGCUCGCGCGCCCCGGUUUCCCAGCCUCAUGGCCGGGCUGACCCUGUUUGUGAGCCGCCUCCCGCCCUCCGCCCGCAGUGAGCAGCUGGAGGAGCUGUUCAGUCAGGUGGGGCCGCUGAAGCAGUGCUUUGUGGUGACGGAGAAAGGGAGUAAGGCAUGUCGAGGCUUUGGCUAUGUCACUUUUUCUAUGCUGGAAGAUGUUCAGAGGGCCCUCAAGGAGAUCACCACUUUUGAAGGCUGUAAGAUCAACGUAACUGUUGCCAAGAAAAAACAGAGGAAUAAGUCCAAGGAAAAGGGGGAAAAUGAAAAUUCAGAGCCCCCAAAGAAGGAACCAAAGCCUAAAAAACCCAAAGUGGCAGAUAAGAAAGCCAGAUUAAUUAUUCGGAACCUGAGCUUUAAGUGCUCAGAAGAUGACUUGAAGACAGUAUUUGGUCAAUAUGGAGCUGUCCUGGAAGUAAACAUCCCCAGGAAGCCAGAUGGAAAGAUGCGUGGUUUUGCUUUCGUCCAGUUCAAAAACCUUCUAGAAGCAGGAAAGGCUCUCAAAAGCAUGAAUAUGAAAGAGAUAAAAGGGCGGACAGUGGCUGUGGAUUGGGCUGUGGCAAAGGAUAAAUAUAAAAAUACACAGUCUGCCUCUGCCCCAGGUGAGAAGAGGCCUGAACCUAAACAUCAGGAAUUAAGUAAAGAGAAUGGUAGGGAAGAAGAGGAUAUGGAAGAGGAAGAAGAAGAAGAGGAUGAUACAGAAGAGGAAGAAGAUGGGGAGGAGGAUAAAGAAUCAAGGGUGACCAAGCCUGCACAGAUUCAAAAGAGAGCUGUCAGGAGGGCUGCACCUGCAGAGAGCAGUGAGGAGGAUCAUUCUGACGAAGACAGCGGCCUGAAGGAGAGAGAUGAUAGUAUUGAUGGAGAGGAACUGGCUCAGAGUGACACCAACAGUGAAGAGCAAGAGGACGAAGAUAUGCAAAUCUCAAAGAAAAAGAAGAGGAAGUUACCCUCUGAUGUGAAUGAAGGGAAAACUGUUUUUAUCAGAAACCUGUCUUUUGACUCAGAGGAAGAAGAACUUGGGGAGCUCCUCCAGCAAUUUGGAGAUCUUAAGUAUGUCCGUAUUGUCUUGCAUCCAGACACAGAGCAUUCUAAAGGUUGUGCAUUUGCCCAGUUCAUGACUCAAGAAGCAGCUCAGAAAUGCCUUGAAGCUGCUUCUCCAGAGACUGAGGGUGGUGGACUUAAACUGGAUGGCCGGCAGUUGAGGGUCGAUUUGGCAGUGACCCGUGAUGAGGCUGCAAAGCUCCAGACCAAGAAGGUGAAGAAGCCAACUGGAACCCGGAACCUCUACCUGGCCCGAGAAGGCUUGAUUCGUGCUGGGACUAAGGCUGCGGAGGGUGUGAGUGCUGCUGAUAUGGCCAAAAGAGAACGGUUUGAGCUGCUAAAGCAUCAGAAACUUAAGGACCAGAAUAUCUUCGUCUCCCAGACCAGGCUGUGCCUGCACAACCUCCCAAAAGGUGUGGAUGACAAAGAACUUCGGAAGCUUCUACUGAAUGCCACCAGAGGGGAGAAGGGAGUGCGCCUCAAGGAGUGUCGGGUGAUGCGAGACCUCAAAGGAGUGCAUGGGAAAGUUAAGGGUCAGUCCCUGGGCUAUGCCUUUGCAGAGUUCCAGGAGCACGAGCAUGCCCUGACAGCCCUUCGCCACAUCAACAACAAUCCAGAGAUCUUUGGGCCUCUGAAGAGACCAAUAGUGGAGUUCUCAUUGGAGGAUCGAAGGAAACUUAAAAUAAAGGAACUGAGGAUUCAGCGCAGCCUGCAAAAAGUGAAAUCCAAGCCUGCAACUGGUGAGCCCCAGCAGGAACAACCAGCACUUGGAAAAGACCAGCAACAGAAAGCAGCUCAAAACCACACACGGGAACAAAGCAAGACCCCGCUGGAGCAAAAGGGGAAGGUGCAUUCUACUUCGUGGACAGGGUUCCAGACCAAGGCUGAAGUGGAACAGGUGGAGCUGCCCGAUGGAAAGAAGAGAAGAAAGGUCCUGGUGCUCCCCUCACACCGAGGCCCCAAAAUUAGGCAGCGGGACAAAGGCAGAGUGAAGUCUCUCCCUCCCAAAAAGCCAAAGCCCCAGAUAAACUCGCAGAAGCAAGAGAAGCAAAAAUUACCUUCCAACCAGGCCCCUAGGAAGAAAGCUAAGGGAAAUAAGACUGAAAUCCGCUUCAACCAGCUGGUCGAACAAUAUAAGCAGAAAUUACUGAGACCUUCAAAAGGAGCACCUCUUGCAAAGAGGAGCAAAUGGUUUGACAGUUGAUAGUGGCAGCGGACUGGAUAAGAAGCUGGAUUCUUUGUCAAGCUUCCCUCUGAGGGAAAGACACCCCCUUUCCUCCCCAGUGUGCUGCCACUUUGUUGGGAGCUCCCCUGGGCUGCACACAUUUGAACUUUGGGCCCUCCCCAGUGUGUGAUUAGUGAACCACAAAGAGAAAUCUCAGAAAAACAUCAUGAUGUUUUUUUGUGUAUUAUCCAAGUUACUGUGUGAAUUGUGUCUAUAAUUAUUACCCAUUCAGUCCUCUGUUUUAGAAAUGGAAACAAUUGCACGGAGGAUUCUUGAGGGCUGAAUUUUUAAGAUGUAUAUUUUGUUAAGUGUCUCCUCUAAAUGAGCUGUUUUGUGGCUUUUUAAAUAAACUAUUUCUCAUUUCUAAUA